GGGAGGUUUGGGGGAGAAUCCGAAAGCGGAGUCAGCGGUGGGGUCCCGGCGCCGGAGCUGCCGUCCGUUCCGCCCAAGGCAAGGAAGGAGCCGAGCGGCCCGCCGCCCUCCUUCUCCAUGAGGCCUGAGUGAGGCGCAGCGGCGAGAGCCGGCCCUCGGCGCCUCCCCCGCGUCCUAGCCGGAGCGCAGCGGCCGCGGCCCCGGAGGAGGAGGAGCAUGUCGGACGGUUUCGAUCGGGCUCCAGGUGCUGGUCGGGGCCGGAGCCGGGGCCUGGGCCGCGGAGGGGGCGGGCCUGAGGGCGGCGGGUACCCGAAUGGAGCGGGGCCUGCGGGGCGCUCGCGGCACCAGCCGCCGCCGCAGCCCAAAGGCCCGGGCUUCCUGCAGCCUCCGCCGCUGCGCCAGCCCAGGACGGCCCCGCCGCCAGGGGCCCAGAGCGAGGUCCCCGCCGGCUCCCAGCGGCCUCCCCGGCCCGGGGCGCUCCCAGAACAAACGAGGCCCCUGAGAGCUCCACCUAGCUCACAGGAUAAAAUCCCCCAGCAGAACUCAGAGUCAGCAAUGGCUAAGCCCCAAGUGGUUGUGGCUCCUGUGUUAAUGUCUAAGCUGUCUGCCAACGCCCCCGAGUUUUACCCAUCAGGUUAUUCUGCUUAUACAGAAUCCUAUGAAGAUGGUUGUGAAGAUUAUCCUACUCUAUCAGACUAUGUUCAGGAGUUUUUGAAUCAUCUUACAGAGCAACCUGGCAGUUUUGAAACUGAAAUUGAACAAUUUGCAGAGACCUUGAAUGGCUGGGUUACAACAGAUGAUGCUUUGCAAGAACUUGUGGAACUCAUCUACCAGCAAGCCACAUCUAUCCCAAAUUUCUCUUACAUGGGAGCUCGCCUGUGUAAUUACCUGUCCCAUCAUCUGACAAUUAGCCCACAGAGUGGCAACUUCCGCCAAUUGCUACUUCAAAGAUGUCGGACUGAAUAUGAAGUUAAAGAUCAAGCUGCAAAAGGGGAUGAAGUGACUCGAAAACGAUUUCAUGCAUUUGUACUCUUUCUGGGAGAACUUUAUCUUAACUUGGAGAUUAAAUUCCUAAAUAGAGAGUUGAGCAUUUGGAAAUACUUAAUUUGCUGUAUGCUUGAACUGCAGCUAAUGUCUUUUCAGAAUUUCUAUACCACUGAAUUUUUUAUUGAAACCUGCCUUCUCUAGUUGACAGGAUCAGUUUUGGAAGAUGCUUGGAAAGAAAAAUUAAAGACUGAUAUGGAAGAAAUUAUUCAAAGAAUUGAAAAUGUUGUCCUAGAUGCAAACUGCAGCAGAGAUGUAAAACAGAUGCUCUUGAAGCUUGUUGAACUCCGGUCGAGUAACUGGGGUAGAGUCCAUGCAACUUCAACAUACAGAGAAGCAACACCUGAAAAUGAUCCUAACUACUUUAUGAAUGAACCAACAUUUUAUACAUCUGAUGGUGUUCCUUUCACUGCAGCUGAUCCAGAUUACCAAGAGAAAUAUCAAGAGUUACUUGAAAGAGAGGAGUUUUUUCCAGAUUAUGAAGAAAAUGGAACAGAUUUAUCAGGGGCUGGUGAUCCAUACUUGGAUGACAUCGAUGAUGAGAUGGACCCAGAGAUUGAAGAAGCUUAUGAAAAGUUUUGUUUGGAAUCAGAGCAUAAGCGAAAACAGUAAAGUUAAAUUUCAGCAUAUCAGUUUUAUAAAACAGUUUUAGGUAUGAUGAUUUAGCAGAACACAGGAAAGCAAGAACAUGUGUCAUACUUACACCAAAUUAAGGAUGUUGAAUUAUGUUACUAAUGUAUGCAACUUUAAUUUUGUUUAACACUAUCUGCCAAAAUAAACUUUAUUCCCUAUAACUUAAAAUGUGUAUAUAUAUAAAAUAGUUUAUUAUGUACAGUUAAUUCUACUGUUUUGGCUGCAAUAAAAUCGAUUUUGAAAUAAAUGAAAUGUUGAAAGUAAAUUUUGCUAGCUGGUUAGAUGCUUAUCCUUUAAGUUUUCUUUCUUGAGGGAAAAAAAAUGUCAGCCUAGAAAUACAUAUUACUGCAAAAAUGUAGCAUUCUUUUUUAGAUAGGAAUAUUACAGCUUUUAUUUUUGUUUGAUACUUAUGUCUCAAUGAAUUGAAUUUCAAAUAUUGCUGGUUGUGGUGGCACAUACUUGAGAGGCUGAGCCAGGAGGAUCACUGUGAGUUCAAGGCCAGCCUGAGUUACAUAGUUCAAGGCCAGCCUGAACUAUAUAGUGAGACCCUGUCUCAAAACACAAAAUCAAAUAUUAAUCAGAGUCUUGAACAUCCUUAGCACUAGUCUUGGAAUAUAUCCACAAUUGAUUAACAUAUGUAGAUGCUAUUUGAUUCAAAGGACUUGUAAAAUACCAUUAGUAGGGGAAAGAAACUUAGAACUCCCAGCUAAACAACCAAGAUUCUUCACUGAGGAUUCAUUCCACUUCAAGGAUUCUUUUUUUCUUUUACUUUACUAACUUCAUUACCCUAAAGCCUAGACAUUAUUCUGCUUUAUUUAUAUGGCUUUCUCACUUUUAUUUUGUAGCAUGGGUUAUAUUGACUUUUUUAUCAGAGAAUUUUACUAGAUAUUUAUCAUUCAAGUUUUCAUCUGCUUUAUAAUUGAUACACCUCGAGAAUCACUUUUCUAAUAUUUUACUAUAACGUGGUACCACCUCAGUCCAAUCUAAUAUUUUUACCUAAUGUCAAAUGUUUUUCCAACUAAAAGUAAAACUUAUAUAUAAAAGGAUUGCCUGUAAAUACGCAUGUAAAUAGUUCUGUUAAUAAUCCAGUGUUUUACAUUUGGUACAUCUGUGUCUGCUAAUACCGUUAGCUUUCUCACUUUUCUGCUUGUUUGUUCAGCCUGAAUUAAAAUUAGACUUUGAAAAUAAAA